AAAAGGGAAGAAAGCAGACAGAAAUGGGGAAGCAGUGAGUGUUCAAAACUCACAGUCCCAUUCACCGCUGCACACAAAAUCCAAACACAGAUUUCAAGAUGAAGUUUCUGCUGCUGCUGUUGAUGCUGACAGCAUGUGCUGCAACUCCUCAAGAUCUGUCAGGUAAAAUGUUCACCUUCCCACUGCAAUCCAACACAGCUCAUGUGAGUUUGAUCACAUCAAGAGAGGAAUUUAGCACUGCAACAGUCUGUCACAGGUCCUUUACAGACCUCAAAAGAGAUCACAUCCUUUUCUCUUUGGCCACACCCUCUAAUGCCAAUAGCUUCCUGAUUUACUGGGAUGAAACAAAUAAGGAGCUAGAGACCCAUGUCACGACUGGCAAGUCAGAAUAUCGAGGGUGGGACUACAAGCCGAACAUGUGGCAUUCUAUUUGUACCACAUGGAACUCUGUGUCCGGACUGGUGCAGCUGUGGUUUGAUGGACAACCAUCAAUAAGGAAAUAUAUCAGCUCUGGAUCAAGCAUCAAAGGGCCCACUAUUAUCACCUUAGGACAGGAGCAGGAUUCCCAUGGUGGGGGGUUUGACCUGAGGCAGUCUUUUGUUGGCAUGAUGUCUGACGUCCACAUGUGGGACUACAUCCUUUCCCCCUGUGAAAUCCACCACUACACAGAUGAGCUAAACUUCACUCCAGGGAAUGUGCUGAACUGGAGGGCGCUGGAGUUCCAGAUCGUCGACAGAGUGCUUAUAGAUGAUAAACUGAUUACCUGCCAUUAAACUUUAAUACAGCACCAUCUAUAUGUUACCAAUGUCAGCAUUUUAUGUUAAAUCUUUGUUUAUUAAAGGAUAUAUUCUGAUAUGUAUACAAUAAUCACAUGAAAGAGUUAUUUUGGUCAGUCUGAUCAUUUAACCUGUCCUUACCAUAAACAGAUCUCUUGCUAACAUGACUGUGCUGUAGAAGAUGGCCAUCUUUUUCACAAAGGUUGUUCUAUGAAAGUGUCGCUGCACAAAGGUGUCAAUCAGGGGCGUGCACAGACAUUUUGGUGGGCAGGGGCUCAAGUUUAAAAAAGGCCACUUCUCAUAAUUAUUUUUUUAUAUAUAACAUUAAAUAUGUUCACACAA